AUGCAUGACGCUGCCUGUGGUGGCUCGUUACAUUAUCUGGCAGCCGGAGUGGCAGUGGACAGAAGAGAGGGGAUCCCCGGGAUUUUACACCAAAUCCAGAGAGAUCCGAACAUCAUACUACUGAGUAUCGCGGGGUACUCGAUAGAGCCCCCUAAACACCGAGAGAACGGACUGGGUUGUACAGCAAACAUCAAGGGCACACACCGCUUUUCGUGCUUGAGGUGGCACCGCAUGGCCGUACAUCAAAGCACAGGAGACGUGACACUUUGA